AUCGUUUCCAACUUGACGAGCAAGUACAGCACAAGUUAGACUUCGUUCGCGAGCACCUUCCCAAAGCACAGAAAGUCUAUUUACUUGGCCAUAGCAUAGGGUCGUAUAUGAUGCUCAA